GCGUCCUGUUCCCGCCUCUCCAGUUAAGGCUGCUCGGGUGAGCGGGGCUCGGCGAGCGAGGGACGACGGAAGGGACCGGCAGGUGUGGGCGCUGGGCUGCGCAGCCCGACGGCGGGAGUCGCAGGUGCUCGGUGCAUGGGCCAGUGAGGACGCGCGGAGAUCCCCUCGCCGCGGGAGGCGGAGCAGCGCGGGAGCCAGGCUCUGCCCGGCGACCCUGCGUCUGAGCGAGCGGAACCCAGCGCUUCGCCGGUGGACUGUCCGAAGUCCGCGCUAUGGAAGAGGAGAAAUAUUUGCCUGAGCUGAUGGCAGAGAAAGAUAGCCUGGAUCCAUCUUUUGUGCAUGCAUCGCGCCUUUUGGCGGAAGAAAUUGAAAAAUUUCAAGGUUCUGAUGGAAAAAAGGAAGAUGAAGAAAAGAAAUAUCUUGAUGUCAUCAGCAACAAAAACAUAAAGCUCUCAGAAAGAGUAUUGAUUCCUGUAAAACAAUAUCCAAAGUUCAAUUUUGUGGGGAAAUUGCUUGGACCAAGAGGAAACUCCUUGAAGAGGCUACAGGAAGAAACGGGUGCUAAAAUGUCUAUCCUGGGCAAAGGAUCAAUGAGAGACAAAGCAAAGGAAGAAGAACUAAGGAAGAGUGGGGAAGCCAAAUAUGCCCACUUGAGUGAUGAACUUCAUGUAUUAAUUGAAGUGUUUGCUCCACCUGGGGAAGCUUAUUCACGCAUGAGUCAUGCUUUGGAAGAGAUUAAAAAAUUCCUGGUUCCUGACUAUAAUGAUGAAAUUCGUCAGGAACAACUACGUGAAUUAUCUUUCUUAAAUGGCUCAGAAGACUCUGGUCGUGGCAGAGGUAUUAGAGGCAGAGGGAUCAGAAUAGCCCCCACAACGCCUUCAAGGGGUCGUGGGGGUGCCAUUCCUCCUCCCCCACCACCUGGACGAGGUGUUCUCACCCCUCGAGGGACCACUGUGACCCGUGGAGCUCUUCCAGUGCCCCCUGUAGCAAGAGGUGUCCCUACCCCACGAGCCCGGGGGACACCAACAGUGCCAGGGUACAGGGCACCCCCUCCUCCAACCCACGAGGCUUAUGAAGAAUAUGGGUAUGAUGAUGGCUAUGGGGGUGAAUACGAUGACCAGACCUAUGAGACGUAUGAUAACAGCUAUACCACCCAAACGCAAAGUGUGCCUGAAUACUAUGACUACGGUCAUGGAGUAAGUGAGGAUGCCUAUGACAGCUACGCACCAGAAGAAUGGGCCACGACCCGCUCCAGCCUGAAGGCACCGCCACCAAGGUCAGCCAGAGGGGGAUACAGGGAGCACCCCUAUGGUAGAUAUUGAAGGUCCUCCUCACCCGUGACCUCACCUCAAAGACAAUUCAUAGCCUGUGGUCUCUGCAUAAACAGCAACUCGACAAGUAAUAGUCCUUUUUUUUUUUUCCUAUUCUAGGGAUAACUUUUCAUGAUUACUCCCAUAUAUUUCUUGUAUUUCCCCUAUACUGUUGGCGUGACAUUGACACUGGUAUUAUUUUACAAACGGACUGAAAGAGACAUUGGCAAGCAUUGUCUAAAAACCAUUCAGUAGGAUGAUAUUCUCUUGGUUGUUUUUCAUUGUUGUGUGUAAUCCUUUUUUUUUCUUCUUUUUUUUCUUUUUCUUUUCUUUUUUCUUUUUUUAAAGAAAGAGCAUGAAUCUGUUGACAGAUUUUGAGUCUCAAUCAACUAGCAAAAACUUUGUUUUAGGGUUGCUAAAAAACUGUAAUAUGAUUUUUGAACUAGCUGAUAAUAAAGUUGUAGAUAAGAUGUUUUAACCUGUCUUUUAAUAUCUGUUAGUUAGAUGAAGAUGUUCGAUAUUAAGUUUGUAAAUUUAAUUUUAAAUGCUGUUUUAAUGGGGUUGAAAACAAGCAGCUACUGUAUGUAUGUAGCUAACUGAAUUUGUUCAGUGUUUUAACCUGUAUUUGUUAAAAAAGAGAAAAAAAACACACAUAAAGUUCCAUGUGUAAGCUUCUCUAAAUAGGAAACCACAAUUUGUCAAAUAUGUUUGCCAUAAUUUGUCAAUAAAGCUGAAAACUUUUGUAAAAACUAAAUUUGGAAUUACUUGUUUUCUAGCUUUAAAUGUCUGCUUUAUUUCUUCUUCAAGAGAUGCCUAAAAUGUUUUCUAUUUAAAAAUUACAAAAAUGAACCCAAGCCUGUUUUAAGAUAUUUGUGUAAUACUUAAAAGAUGUAUUAAUAACUUAUGGUUGUUAAAAAAUUUAAAAGUUAACAAACUAAACUGUUACAUGAAUCAUGGUUAGUGAACACUAAUGUAUAACAUGUUAAUGGAAAAAAAUGGAUUUAGAAUAAUAAAUGGAUUUUAAACUAU